AUGGGCGCACGGCGAGCUGACGAUGCCGCUGGUGCCGCAUUGGCCCUGCGGUGGGCUGGAUGCGCCUGUCAUCAGCUUGUCGGCGGCGGCGCGACGGCGAUCGAUGUGCCGCUGCCGGCGUUCACGUACGGGUGCGCCGCCGAUGCCCGAUGGGCUCCAUUUUGCAUUUUGCCCGGGGUCUCGAAUUCCUGGAGACGGCUCUGGCCUGGAGACGGCUCUGGCCUGGAGGGUGUGCGGCGCGGUGAGACGGCGCGGCGGCUGCCGUUGUGCGGGCACCUGUUCCACAAGGAGUGCGUCGACAUGUGGCUGCACUCGCACGCGACGUGCCCGCUGUGCCGGUGCGACGUGCCCCUACCGCAGACGUGCGCUGCAAAAGCUGUGACUGCGGCGGCGGCGCAGACGUCGUCCGGUGAUGUGCUGCCGUCGGUGUAG